AUGGCGCCUGGGCCGCUGGCGCUGCGUCUGGAGCAGCUGGCCGCGGCGCCCAGUGCUGGCACGCCCGUCUGGGUCGACGAGGCGAGCUGUCUUCUCGAGGCCAUGCUCCGUGGCGACGGGGACUGCGGGUCGAGCGCUGACGUCGCGAUUGCCGCCGCCAAGUUUGUGCCGGCGUGGGAUCCUGCGUUUGCGCCGCAUGCGCUCGCCGCCUGGAUCGAGGAGCCCUAUGCGCGCGAUCCAUGGUGCGUGGCGCCCCUGCCGUCGCGCGCAGAGGAGCUCCUGGAUACCCUGACCCUCUCGCUCGAGCAGGUGUCGUACAUUCUCUCUGCCUACGUGCGCCCCCUCUUCCAGCCGACGCCGCGCGUGCGCGCCGAGACAGGGCGCGCCGCGCCCGAGAAUCACGGCGCGCAUCCUGCGUGGGAUGCGGGCGAGCCGGCAUGGGCCUCGACGGAGCCGCGCGCCGACGGCCACGUCCCGCUGGGGUGCCACAAUGUGCUGGCGUGGCUCGUGUCGCAUAUCCGCGCACGGCAUGGCGCGGCGUGGGAGACGCUGUGGCCGCAGCUUAUCCCCCCCGUCAUGUCGUGGCUCGAUACACCGUCGACGCUCGCCAAGGUGCGCGGCGCGUGUGUGGCGCGGCGCCUCGUGCAGUGUGUGCCCGCGCCCCUGCUGCAGCGCACCGGCGUAGGCGCCAUGCUCGACGAUACACUUGCGCACACGCUGCCAGCCAUGGCAGACGCGGCAGGGGGUCGCAUGGUGCUGGCCUCCGUGGUGCACGCGCGCCUCGCGCUCGUGGCUGCGCGCCCCAGCGCGGAGCGCUACGCUAUGCUGUGCACGCUCUUCUCGCAGAGUGUACUCACCGCGCUCUCGUACUGCGCGCCAGCGUCCGCGUCGACCAUGGGGCUCCCGCCGCACGCCCCCGCGCACCUCUCGGCGCUGAGCAGCGCGCGCCUGCAGCAGGAGCUUGCGGGCACAGCGCUCGCCAUCGCGCCGGCCGUGCUGGACCGACUGGGCGAGGCGGCGCUCCGCUUUUGGAACGCGUGGAUGGACUGGUGCGUCGCAUGGGUCGACCAUGCACUUGGCGCAUGCGCGGCGCCGUUCCCGACGCGCGGCGCCGCGCGUCCGCUGACAGACCUGGUGGACGACGCGGUGGCGCGCGCCGAUGGCGCCGAGGCGCCCGAGGCGGCCACACCCGACGCCGAGGCGUGGACGAAGGCCGCGCACGUCUUGCUAGCGAGCGUGCUGUCCGCUGUGCACGCGAUGCACACGUUCGUGGACCUUGCUCUCGCGGCUGCGCCGUCGCCCGCGCCGCUCCCUGGCGCCGCGCCCGGCCUCGAUGCUUGGGCCGUGCGCGCCGUUCUCGCGCUCAGCAAGUGCGCGCUACGUCUCGAGGCACUCGCGAUCGAGCAGCCACACACGCUUGUGGCGCUGGGCACGAAACUACAGGACGACAUCCGCGCGCUGUGCGCGCGCCUGCGCUCGGCCUCCCUACCGGCGCUCACACACGCUCUCCCACGCAUCGUGGCCGGCGCGCCUGCCCGCCUCGCGUGGCUCGUGUGA